AUGGCAGGCAAGAUUCUCGCACCUCCUCACAAUCUCCCCACAUUCUACCCACAGUCUCUUGGAUUUCUACAGCAUGAUGGACGUGACGACACGGAUGUGAUGACCGCCGAAACAACGUACUUUCUUCCUCGUCAUCAACGCCUUGUUGUGGGUAAGUUUGUGCCGGACAUAAACAACGAGGACCCCUCCAACCCCAAGCAUGUGCCACAGACUUUGGAGCGGGUAAGGCUGCCACGCACAUCUCUACUCCCCCGUCGUAGCAAUGGCAUUGUGUUUUCCGUAGCCUCUUCAUUCGGUGACGCAACUUCCCCCCACCUCACACCACGCGAAGAACCUGGAAGCGCGCAUAAAGUGGCAACAGAAAAGACACAGUAUACCCUGGUUAAGCCUUUGUACCCGUUCUCGGCACCCAGUCUUUUUUUCCCUAUACGCCACAACAAUCGUGGAGGCGGAAACUCUGGUGACGCUCGAACACCUCUUCAGUUAAACCUUGCGUAUCAUGGUAGUGAUCGUCCCAAUUACAAAUUGGGGAAUCUCUCCGUACAGAAAAAUAAUCUUAACCGCAUGUGCCUGUACAAGCUCGGUCCCGGCGCCGUGGCCUUCAAGGUGGUUAUCGAUGCCUUUGAGGUGGCGGGGAUGCAGUACACGCCUUCCAAUGAACUCUUUAAUGUCAUAUGGGCGAAGCGGGCAACACCUUACACGUUAUCUCAUCUCGGUCCAUACCAGAAAGUUAACCAUUUUCCAGGAACAUGGGGCAUUGGUAGAAAAGAUAGUUUGGCCCUCAAUAUUGGGAAGAUGCAGCGUUAUUUUGGAGUCGAUGCCUUUGAUAUCAUUCCCGCAUCAUUUUUAAUCCCCAAACAAUGGUCAGCACUUGAGGAUUACGUUAAAAGGCAACCUGAUACAAGUGAGGAUCCGCUGAUUUUGAUAGUAAAGCCUAGUGCUUCUAGUUGUGGACGUGGAAUUCGUCUUUACCAUGGAAUGCCGCCCAUGCCAACAGGAAGUAGCCAAAUGGUAUGCCAACGCUAUCUGGGUAACCCUAUGCUUAUUUACGGAAGAAAGUUUGAUCUCCGACUGUACUGUGUUGUGACGUCGUUUGAUCCUCUUCGCAUUUUUCUCUUUGAUGAGGGUUUGGUGCGAUUUGCCGCGCAAAAGUACCCUGGAAUGGACAAGGAUUUGGACAAUAUUCAUGUUCACUUGACCAACUACUCUGUGAACAAGAUGGCCGAGCUGAACCGAGCGAGCCGUGGCAAGGAGUACCAAACGGAUGAUCCCGUAGAUAUAAAAUGGUGUCUCUCUGAUCUACGCCAAUACCUAAUGGAAAAUCAGAAGGAUGGAAAGCUUGCAUGGGAACUAAUCAUGCGUGGUUGCGAAGAUGCCGUCAUUAAGGCUUUUCUUAGUAUUGAGAACGAUGUCGUGGAACGCAUUCGCAAGGAGUGCAGUGAUAAAGCAGGGCGGGGAUGUUUUGAGAUGUACGGUCUGGAUUUAAUGGCAGAUAAACAAUACAAUGUAAGACUUAUUGAGGUGAAUAUCAUGCCAUCCUUGGCCACAGGAACCCCCCUUGAUAAGGCGGUCAAGUCCCGCAUGCUAGCCCAUUUACUGACGCUUAUUCGCGUGAUUCCACAUCAACGCAACGCUUCUGGGCCUACACCACCAAACUUUGGAGAGGAGCCUUCAGAUCGCCACGAGACGCGUUAUCGGUUUGGUCGACAUCCGCACCAGGAUGCGGAGCUGAUUCGGAAACCCCUGCUUACCCGCUUUAAUGACCCCAGAGACCCUGACUCGGUCCUCUCCCCGGGUGAAUAUCUUCUCUUGGUUGAGGCGGAGGAGGAGUUGGCAUGCGCUGGAGGAUUUCGCCGAAUUUUUCCCACAGCAGAGAAUGUACUGUCCUAUUUGCCUUACUUUACGCAUGGUGUUCUCAGAAAUAAUUAUCUUCUCGCCUCGGCUGUCCGGAUGCAGGCAAAAGCAAACGACUGA